UUAGCGCGUUGCCGCGUUUUGUGUUGUAACCUCGUCGAUCUCGUCAGUAGAAAACAACACAUGUCCGAUUCGUUAUUGCGCAUCUGCCGUUCGGAGAGAGUGGUUUGCACGAUUUUCCGGGACCAUCGUUCGUCGUUAGAUUAAAUCGAAUAAGGCUCUCGGACAAUUCCUCAGGAUGGAUUUCCUAGAAUAUCCGGACAUCUUCGCCGAGGUUAAGGGCGCUAUGACGCCGGGCAGGCUGAAGUUAACCGAUCAGCACUUGAUCUUCAAGAAUCAAAAGACGGGAAAGGUUGAACAGAUCUCCGCCUCCGAUAUGGAGAUGGUGAACUACCAGAAGUUCAUUGGGACCUGGGGCUUGCGUAUCUUUCUGAAAAAUGGCACUCUGCAUCGCUUCAAAGGCUUCAAGGAGGCCGAUCAGGAGAAGAUCGCCAAGUUCUUCUCCGUCAAUUACAAGAAGGACAUGUUGGAGAAGGAGCUGAGUUUGAAGGGCUGGAACUGGGGCACCGCAAAGUUCAACGGAUCUGUCUUGAGCUUCGACGUCGGUCAUCACACCGCUUUCGAAAUACCCUUGUACGACGUGUCGCAGUGUAACACGGGAAAGAACGAGGUGACAUUAGAGUUCCAUCAGAACGACGACGCUCCGGUCAGUCUGAUGGAGAUGAGGUUUCACAUUCCCGUUAGCGACAGCGCCGAUCAAGAUCCCGUCGAGGCGUUCCAUCAACAGGUGAUGGAUAAGGCAUCCGUGAUCAGUGUGAGCGGCGACGCGAUUGCUAUAUUCAGGGAGAUUCAUUGUCUAACGCCGCGUGGUCGUUACGACAUCAAGAUAUUCCAGUCCUUCUUUCAACUGCACGGCAAAACCUUCGACUACAAAAUACCCAUGUCCACUGUAUUGAGACUCUUUUUACUUCCGCACAAGGAUAAUCGGCAAAUGUUUUUUGUCGUGAGCUUAGAUCCGCCUAUUAAACAAGGCCAAACGCGCUAUCACUAUUUAGUACUCCUCUUCAAUCAGGAAGAGGAAACUUCAAUUGAAUUACCGUUUACUGAAAAGGAAUUGAAGGAAAAGUAUGAAGAUAAGCUGACUAAAGAAUUAUCGGGACCCACGUACGAAGUGCUCGGCAAGGUGAUGAAGGUGAUCAUUAAUCGAAAGUUGACUGGCCCUGGGCAUUUCACUGGUCACACUGGGACACCCGCCAUUAGUUGCUCUUUUAAAGCUGCGGCAGGAUAUCUAUAUCCGCUCGAGCGAGGUUUUAUUUAUGUGCACAAACCUCCGAUACAUAUCCGUUUCGAAGAGAUAGCCUCAGUAAACUUUGCGCGUGGUGGCGGAUCGACUAGAUCUUUUGACUUUGAAAUCGAGCUUACGAGCGGAGUGGUGCACACAUUUAGCAGCAUUGAGAAGGAAGAAUAUGGUAAACUGUUCGACUUUAUCACAGCAAAGAAAUUGCGUGUCAAAAAUCGCGGCAAGAGCGACAAACUCAAUUACGACGAGGACUUCGGCGACAGCGAUCAGGAGGACGAACCGGACGCUUACUUGGCGCGAGUCAAGGCGGAGGCACAGGAACGCGACGGCGAGGAGAAUCAAGAUUCUGAGGAAGGCUCGACCGAUGAGGACUUUAAUCCGAAUCAAGAUGAAAGCGAUGUCGCCGAGGAAUAUGACAGUAAUCCUAAUAGCUCUGAGAGCGAGGAUUCAGACGCAUCUGCAGCCAGUCACAAAAAGGAGAAGAAAGAGAAGAAGGAGAAGAAAUCCAAGUCAGCAAAAACGGUGUCGGAGAAGCCGCGAAAGCAGAGGAAGCCGAAGAAGGAGAGGGACGCGAACAAACCGAAGAGGCCUCCGACGGCGUUCAUGCUGUGGCUGAACAGCGCACGCGACGGUAUCAAGGCGGACAAUCCGGGAAUAGGCGUGACGGAAAUUGCGAAAAAGGGAGGCGAGAUGUGGCGAGAGCUUAAGGACAAAUCUGAAUGGGAGGCAAAGGCGGCCAAGGCUAAGAAGGAAUAUGCGGUAUCGAUGAAAGAAUACGAAGAGAGCGGGGGCGGUAAAACUAAAGAUAAAGAUAAAGAAAAGAAGACAGAGAAGAAGAAGAAGGAGAUUAAGAAAGAGUCGCCUAGCAAGCUAAUGAGUGGUACCUCUUUCAAGAGCAAAGAGUAUAUUAGCGACGACGAUAGUAGUAGCGAUGAGAGCAAGAAGUCCGAAAAGAAGCGUUCCGACAACGAAAGCGAAGACGAGAAGGAUAAGAAGAAAAAACCUGAGAAGAGGUCGGCGGAGAAUCCUGGAAAGAAAACGGCGAAAAAGAGAAAACACGAUCAGUCGGAUGAAAGCGAUGCGGAAGAACCCAUAGAGAGUACUCCAUCCUCGUCUGACGCGGAAUCCAAAAACAGUGAUUAAUAAAUACUACAGGAAUUCAAAAGGUCUCUUCUUCGUCAAUUUAUAUAACGAAAAUAAAUUGCAUUUUUAUAUUUAAAACGGACUAAUAUUAGAAAGUUAUAAGAUCUGAAUGCUGUGAAAACAAAUAACAACUUAUUGCCGUCGUUGAAUAUUUUU